AUGGGAAUAUUACUACCAACAAACCAGUCUUCAUCUGUCAGAGCAAACUUCUCUCCAUCUCUUGCUGCCAUUUUCUGGGGCCUCACGCUGCUCACCAUGGCUCUCUGGAUCCGAUCGCUGCCUCUCCUGGCCCUUCUUGCUCUUUCCAGCCCUGGGACCAGCCAAGCAGCUGUGAACCAGCACCUCUGUGGCUCCCACUUGGUGGAGGCUCUUUACCUGGUGUGUGGAGAGAGGGGCUUCUUCUAUUCCCCCAAAGCUCGACGAGACAUUGAGCAGCCUCUAGUGAGUGGUCCCUUGCACGGUGAGGUAGGAGAGCUGCCCUUCCAGCAGGAGGAGUUUGAGAAGGUGAAACGAGGGAUCGUGGAGCAGUGCUGCCACAACACCUGCUCUCUCUACCAACUGGAAAACUACUGCAACUAG